AGCACUACAUAGGUAGGCUGGUUGUGUCUUGUUGGUUGUCUCUAUCGAGCAAGAGCGACACAAACUUGAACGUCCUGACUGCAAAGAUGGUGCUGAAAGCUGUCUGUGUGUUGAAAGGAGCCGGAGACACCACCGGGACCGUGUUUUUUGAGCAGGAGAAUGAUUCAGACCCGGUGAAGCUGACAGGAGAAAUCUUUGGCCUUACUCCCGGUGAGCAUGGUUUCCAUGUCCAUGCUUUUGGAGACAAUACGAACGGGUGCAUCAGUGCAGGCCCUCACUUCAAUCCCCACGGCAAGGAUCAUGCCGGUCCUACUGAUGAACUGAGGCAUGUUGGAGACCUGGGGAAUGUGACUGCAAAUGCAGAAAAUGUUGCCAAGCUAGACUUCACGGACAAAGUAAUCACCCUUGCUGGCCCUCACUCCAUCAUUGGCAGAACCAUGGUGAUCCACGAGAAGAAAGACGACCUGGGAAAAGGAGGCAAUGACGAGAGUCUAAAGACGGGCAAUGCUGGUGCACGUCUGGCCUGCGGUGUCAUCGGCAUCGCCCAGUAAACACUCUGUUAGAACUUGCAGCACUGGAAACAACUUUUUCCCCACAGCACUUAAUAAGACCAACAUAGCUACUUAAUGUGACGUUUGUCCUUUUCAAUACUCUGUGGCAUUUUAUUGACUAGUCUAGAGAGUAGUUGAGCCAUGCUUUACCUGGUCUGUUCCUCAUAACAAUUGUAUGUAUGGAUUUAUAUGUCUGCUGAUUUCGUUUUGGUCCCAAAGAAUUUGUAACGCACAAGUAAUAAACAGAUGUACACAAGUUCUCAGUUAAUCUGAA